AUGGCCAGGUGGACAGCCGAGUGGCAGGUCCGGGUCAAGGGCGCCGUGGUCAGCUCCUUCCACAGCGACGGAGUCCUGCCAGCGGAGAUUGACUUCUCGUCUGGUGACAACUUCUCUGCGGUUCCCAUCGUUCCAAUGCCAUCCUUCGCCAAGAAGCCUCCUCCUGCCAGCCCCUUCCCCAAGCAUCCACCGACCUUCCCGAAGCUUCUGAAGUUCCACCCGGUGCAGCCCGACUACAAGGCGUACUGCGACCCCACCUUCCUUCAGAACCCAGCGCUCUUCUCCGGCAAGGUGGAGGAAGGUAACCCAUGUUACCACACCUUCAAUGCGGAGAAGCCGGUCCAAGGCCUUCCUAAAGGCAUUACUGAGGAGGACUUCUGGCAGGCGAGCGGCCGUUCCCACACGCGUCAGUACCUCUUCGCCCACGCGGCCUCUGAGCAGAAUAAGCUGGAGAAUUGGGUGCAGAAGGAAAUCGGCAAGCUCCAAGAUGCCGCCGACAUCGCGGCGCUGGUUGCAGCAGUGGCCACCGCCAUCCCCUGGGGUAGCUACUCCAGCCCUGCGAGUGCUGCCAAAAAGGUGGCUUCCAAAGAAGGCGAGAAGGUUGCGAAGAAGAUCGUUGAGAAGAAGGUGGUGCAGGCCCUGAUCUCCAAGGCAAAGGCUUUCGCCAGCAAGGUCAAGGGCAUUGCCUCCAAGUCCAUCAAGACAGCCUCCACUGCCUACGCCAAGGCCCAAAAAACGGUGGAUGCUGUGAAAGCUCGGUACGACAAGGCGAAGCAGACCUACAACCAAGUCAAAGGCCUGCCGGGGCAGGCGCAGAAGAAGGUCCAGCAGGGCUUCGGCUAUGUGACCCAGAAGGAGACCGAAGCAGAAAACACAGUGUCGACGGCGAAGGGAGACAUCACCGAUGCGGAGUCCGUCAUCAAUAACUACUCGCCGAUCAAGAUUCCCUCGGAGUUGCAGCUGAAGAAGAGUGGACAGAAGCUGCAGGCCCAGACGCUACCGCAGCCCUCGCAGCCAGGCGGAGACAGCUAUACCAAUGCGGAGUCCAACAGCAAGGCGGAUUAUGCGGAUUGGAUGCCCCUGCAGUACGGCCUGUCCAAGGUUAUGUGCGACCUCUUCUGCAUCCACAAUUCUGUCACUGCUGGCACGUCGGCGGUGCUCCAGAGCUUGCAGAAGUCCCAAGAGGUGCUCACGACGAACAUUGAGCAGCUGCUGCAUUACCAGACGCAAUACCUCCUCUACAAGAUCGGCUUCCUGCAGCCGCAAACGGCGCUGGCGCUGCCGGAGGCGCCCUCCACAGCAGAGCUCCUGGAGGACUUGCGUGGAGUUCUUCCUACGACCGCCCGGGGCCUCUCCCGCGACGUGCUGACAUGGCACGAGGAGGCUGGAGCACUGCUGCUGUCUCGCGCCGUGGACUUGGGGCACAACACCUCGGCGGAGCUGUGGCCUUUUCGGAUGAGGGCCCUGCGGGCAUCGCUACAGCAUUUCCAAGUGGGCCUGAGCCGACGCCUUCAGGGCGGAGACCCGGAUCUGUCUGCGGUGGCACGAAAGCAAGCGAUGGAGAAACUCCAGGUGUUGCAAGAGCACGCUGCGCAGCAGCGGGCGUUGGGGGAGCAAGCCAAGAGACUGCAGCUCCGGAUGCCAAACCCGCCCCACAUCGGAAGCGACAUGCGAAGUCUAAUUCUUUGGCUCUUGGAAAGCUUCCUCAGAGCCCACGAGAAGCACACAGCCUUCAUCAUGCUGCGCAUGCAGGCACUGGACCAAAGUGACGAGGCGAUCCACGCAGCCAGCAACUUCUCACAAUGUGGAGGUGCCGACACCUCGGCGCUUCGCGAGGCCUGGCAGCGGCUCCUCCGCGCCGAGGAGCGCGCCGGCGCUGCGCUGCAGGAGGCCUGGGCCGCUACGCUGGCCGCAACGGAGCGACUGCAAGUGGCUAUUGAGGACCAGGGAUUGCUGCAGGGGCUGAUGGAAGGCGUCGCCCUGGACGAUGGCUUCGACGAGCACGGAAGGCUCGAAGGCUGCGAGAGCCGCUUCCAGGAGGUGAGUCAGCAGAUCUUCAGCCACGCAGUGGAGGUGGUGAAUCGCGCUGUGCAGCCGCUGCUCAUGCAGCUGAUCACCUUCCAGGCGCUCCAUGGCUACCAAGAAGCGCAGCUGCUGUCAGCGGGCCUGCGCUACGUUCCCUCCUCGCCCGCCUUUGGACUGGCCGCCCUGAAGCGCGAGCUGGCGGCUGUGGCCGACCCUCAACAGCCUGAAGGCCGAUCUCUGGCGCAGCGCGCGCUGAACCUGCUGGGCCGGCGUGCCUGCCCUGCCCCGGCCCACUGCGGCAGUGCAAUGCUCGUGGCCAGCGGCUGGGCGGCGGAGGAGCCCGGCCAAGCCCUCCUUGGUGAGCGCGGCAAGGGCUUCGCUAUCCCCUGCUCUGCCGGCGCCAGCUCGCAAGAGAAGCCCGACAUGCUCGAGGCCAUCAAUGUCAGCCUCGUGCUCCAAGCUGAGUUGUGCUCCGGCUUGGUGCUGUUGGAUGCUGUGGGGAGCGUCGCCGACCCACCAGAACGAGCCUGA